UCACGACCGCCGUCUCCCCGCCGGCCUAUUAUAUAAUGGCGGCCUCCACUGUCCAGGACACCCAACUGCCAUUCCUCGCCCGCCAUGGCCAGUGCAAUCUCCGGCGCCGCAAAGCAGAUGCUCUCCUCCGUCACCGACACCGCAAAGGUCGCCGAUCUCCAAAGCGACACCAUCGACCCCAACGACAAGCCCAACAAGGGUCUCACCACUGACUACGGCAUUUAUGUCUCCGAUACCGACAAUUGGCUAAAAGCCCAGAAUGGCACGCAUGUCGGGCCCUCGCUCCUCGAGGACCAGAUCGCGCGCGAGAAAAUCCAUCGCUUCGACCACGAGCGCAUUCCGGAGCGUGUCGUGCACGCCCGAGGCACUGGCGCGCACGGCUACUUCAAGGUCUACGACGACCGCGCGACGAAGUACACCAGCGCCGGCGUACUCACCGACCCGUCGCGCACAACCCCCAUCUUUGUCCGCUUCUCUACCGUCCAGGGCUCGCGCGGAUCUGCGGACACUGUCCGCGACGUCCGUGGCUUCGCGACCAAGUUCUAUACGCAGGAGGGGGUUUGGGAUAUUGUCGGCAACAACAUACCUGUCUUCUUCAUCCAGGAUGCUAUCAAGUUUCCCGACUUCGUCCAUGCUGUCAAGCCUGAACCCCACAAUGAGGUGCCUCAAGGCCAGAGCGCUCACAACAACUUCUGGGACUUCGUUGGUUUACAGCCUGAAUCCGCUCACAUGGUGUUGUGGGCUAUGUCCGACCGUGGUAUUCCCAGGUCGUUCCGUAUGAUGCAAGGCUUCGGUGUCAAUACCUACACCCUCAUCAACGAGAAGCGCGAGACAUUCUUCGUCAAGUUCCACUGGAUUCCAGAGCUCGGCGUCCAUAGCUUUAUCUGGGAUGAGGCUCUGAAGGUCUGCGGUCAGGAUCCUGACUUCCACCGUAAGGAUCUCGAAGACGCUAUUAAGUCCGGUGCCUACCCCAAGUGGAAGUUCGGCAUUCAGGUUAUCCCCGAGGCGAACGAGCACGACUUCGACUUCGAUAUCCUCGAUGCAACCAAGGUCUGGCCUGAGGAACUCGUCCCUCUCGAGAUCAUCGGCGAGAUGGUGCUCAACAAGACCGUCGACGAGUUCUUCCCGGAGACCGAGCAGGUCGCCUUCUGCACUUCACAUAUCGUCCCGGGUAUCGGCUUCUCCGACGACCCUCUCCUUCAGGGCCGCAACUUCUCGUAUUUCGACACGCAGAUCUCCCGUCUCGGCGUGAACUGGGAAGAGCUGCCGAUCAAUCGCCCUGUGUGCCCUGUCAUGAACCACAACCGCGAUGGCGCCAUGCGUCACAAGAUCACCAAGGGCCAGGUCAACUACUGGCCCAACCGCCUGGGUGUCGGUGCCCCCGUGCCCACGAACCAAGGCGGCUACGCUGACGUUGCGACAAAGAUCCAGGGUAUCAAGCAGCGUGCGCGCGCUCCGAAGUUCCAGGAGCAUUUCAACCAGGCCCAACUCUUCUACAACUCGCUUGCGCCGCAUGAGAAGCAGCACCUGAUCAACGCGAUGUCGUUCGAGCUCUCGCACUGCGACGACCCGGUUGUUUUCGAGACCUACACCAAGCUCGCUGCCAACAUCGACUUCGAGCUCGCGAAGCAGGUCGCCAUCAACGUCGGCGGAGUUGUCCCCGACAGUCCCGCGCGCCCCAACCACGGCAAGGCGACUCCAACGCUCAGCCAGCUGUACUACGCGCCGAAGGAGCCCACGAUCGUCUCACGCCGCAUCGCCAUCCUCGUCGCGGACGGCUUCAAUCUCGCGGAAGUCGAGGCCCUGCGCGCAGCGUUUAAGGUCGGUCAGGCGACGACUUGGAUCAUUGGCCCGCGUCGUGGGUGGAUCUACCCUGCUGGCCAGGUCGCCGGCAAGGGUACUGGCGUGUGGGCAGACCACCACUACGAGGGCCAGCGCAGCACGCUGUUCGACGCGUUCGUCAUUCCGAGCGGUGCCGAGCACGCGCAGAAGCUCGCUCAAAAUGGGCGCUGCAUCCACUGGGUUCGCGAGGCGUUCGGUCACCUCAAGCCUAUUGGUGCUAUCGGCGAGGGCGUCGCAUUCUUGCGCGAGGCUGUACAGCUUCCGGGCGUGUCGUUCACGUCGGACCUGUCGAGCGACUCGGUGGUGAACUCGUAUGACGUGGUUACCGCCGGCAAGUACGACGUGGGCUCCGUCGCCGCGGAUACGCUCAAGAUUGCCCAAAGUGAGAAGGGCUUCGUGUCCAAUUUCGCCUAUGCAAUCAGCAAGCACCGCUGCUGGGACCGUGAAUCGGACGGUCUCGCGGCGAAGAUCGCUUUCUGAGGCUUGUCGCUGUGCUUGUCCUAGCAUGGGGUGCCGGCAUGACGACUCGGAGGGGAGAUCGCAAAUGCAAAAGUAAUAUGUACGAUUUACUAGCGAAGGACUCCGUAGCAUGUAGAGCUGUAUGUAUAACGCAUGUAUUGUCAAUGUUGUAUCAUAAUGUUAGUGUGCUUUCAUGCUUCUCAACUUC